AUGCAUCUGGAUGAAACUCUGCUGAGUAGAGCUUCCUCAAGAACUUUCAAUAAGCUACGAGAAAAUGUGCCCAAUAUCGUGCCUAAGACUAUGUCUGAGCAAAAACAUUGCUUUCGGUUCCUCCAUCCAUUUAUAAAUCUGAUAUUCUUAAGAAGAAAUAAAGAUUACGAAGUACGGUUGGAUCGCUCAGUAAAAGGAACCAAACUGAGACCAGAUCUUUUCUACACCGUGGAUGGGACCUCUGCAGGAAAGAUCAUAAAUCAAUUUUUGUCCUCAAAAGGUGGCCUAAGAGAAUCGGCAAUAUUUCUUAAUUGUGGCGAUAUCAUCCAAACAUAUAUCAUGGACUUACAAUACGAUGGGAUAUACCGAUUAUGGGCGUUCCUUAAAUCGAAAUUGGUGAUAGAUGAACCUAGCUUAUCCUUGAUCGAGUCAAAUUUUGCUCAUUUUGUAGCCUUAGAGGGGUGUGUAACUAAACUUUCGAAAGAUUAUAAAAAUCGAAGGAUGCCAACCACACUGCAUGAACAAAUUCAUUAUGUGCGCAAUAUUCCAGAUUUUUAUCAGAUCAAGGAUAUUAUAG